AUCGCAGUGGUUCGCUACAUUAUUAAGUGAUUAAAAACUUGGCGUUUUGUGCGAUUUGAAUAUCCGAAAACGUGAAAUCGAAAAUAAUGACGUCGACAAAGUUCUUCAUCGGAUUGGUAAUUGUAUUAUUUUCGGGUUGUGCACAAUGUUGUUUCGCAGCCGAUACUGAGCAACAACCAGCAGCUCCGGCAGUUAAAAUGGUUGACAAGACAGCGGUUGAUCAGCUCGAUCAAAUGGCCAUUAUGCAACAUUGUAACGAAUCGUUUCGUACUACAAUGGAAUAUCUCGAAGACUUGAACAGCACCGGAUCGUUUCCCGACGAAACCGAUAAAACACCAAUGUGCUACAUUAGAUGUUACUUGGAUGCGGUCGGAAUUUUGAAGGAUGAUGAAUUAAAUCUUGAAAGGGCUAAUGAAAUGCAAUGGUCGACAUGCGAAGAAACCAUACCCGAAUGCCAGAAAGAAGUUGCAGAUCGGACAAAUCCAUGUGAAAAAGCCUAUUUCCUUACACGAUGUGUUAUGAUGCGGAACAUCGUUGACAUGCGAAUCACAAAUGAAUAAAGCCAACACCAAUAAUUUAUCAUAAGUUUUUGCUCAAAAUAGCUCAUUGAAAAUGCUGUGCAAUAUUCUGUAAGAUUCGUAGACUAUUUGGUGAUCGGGUUCAAUAAAAUGUCAAUUCAUUAGUUGUGGGUUUUUAAAAAAAAAAGAAAACCAAAAAACGAUGGGUUA